AAGUCUCUAACGUCACAGGUAUCAAGCUAUAUUUAAUGGACUGUAAUUAUUGAUUUUCAGAUACUGAAGUGGCAAUGGAACCAAAUCCUGUAAUUAUUGCUGCUACAGCAAAACAGACAGCAUCGCUUAUAUUUUUACAUGGGCUCGGAGAUACGGGACAUGGUUGGGCAAGCUAUAUUGCAGCUAUCAGGGGACCUCACGUUAAAGUGAUAUGUCCGACAGCAUCUACUAUUCCAGUAACACUUAAUGCGGGCUUCCGCAUGCCUUCUUGGUUUGAUUUGAAAACACUAGAUGCUACUGGUGCAGAAGAUGACGAAGGCAUUAUAAAAGCAACAGAACUUUUACAUGGUUUAAUUGGUGAUGAAGUUAGAAGUGGUAUUCCUGCUAACCGAAUUCUAUUAGGUGGAUUCUCUCAAGGAGGUGCUUUAGCUCUUCAUGCAGCGCUAACAUAUCCUGAACGUUUAGCUGGUGUUAUGGCUUUGUCCUGUUGGCUGCCAAGACAUGCAUCUUUUCCAGAUGCGGUCAAAGCUCCUAGAGAUUUACCUAUUUUCCAAGCGCAUGGUGAUUGUGAUCCAGUUGUUCCUUACAAAUGGGGGCAGAUGUCAUCAACAUUUUUGAAAACAUUUAUGAAGAACGCUGAAUUAUUGACCUACCAGGGCCUGACACACUGCUCAUCAGAAUUAGUACAGAAAGACAUGAAAGCUUUUAUAGAGAAAAAUUUGCCUGCUAAAUAAUAAAAUAUAAAUCAUAUAAUUAUAGAAUUAUCUUUAUUUAAAAAUUAAAAUAUUUUAUUAGACAUCACAUCCACUACAAAACCACAAAACAGAUAAACAUGUAUGAAGUGUUAUAUUUUUUCAUCUAAAAUUUAAUAAGUCAACAACAUAUUUCUCAUUCACUAAAUAUUUGUGUAUGUAAAAUUAGCUAUCAAAUAAACUAUGGUAAUCACGUUUCCGUGUUUUAUGGAUAACCUUCCUUUAUCGAGUUUAUUUAUUUUUUAUAUUUUUAUCAUUAUAUUUUUGACAUGCUCG